AUGGAGAAAUACUUUAAACGUAAAUCUACGCCUUCCUGCGAUGAGCAAAAUAUCAUUGAAAGGAAUGAUCGAGAGAAAAGGGAUCAAAAUAAUGUUGAUAUUGAUGUUGGGGAUGUUGAUGUUGGAGAUGUUGGGGGUAUUGGAGAUGUUGGGGAUGUUGGGGGAGCAUAUGUGCAAAGGGGUCCUUGUCAGCCUCGCAAUCAUGCGUUUCCACCAACAAGAAUGGGUAACAAAGACAGGCGAUUUUGUAUUUCGUGGUAUACUUGGUUGGAAUAUAGUAUAGCAAAAGAUGCAGUUUUUUGCUUUUACUGCUAUCUUUUCAGUUUGAGUGGUGGGUUGGCAAUUUGCGGACAUGAUGAAUCUGAAGAUUCAAACAAUCAAGGAAACUUUCUUGAACUAUUGCAUUGGUUGUGUGAUCAUAAUGCUGAGAUUAAGGUCGUUGCUUUGACGAAUGCACUCGAGAAUUACAAAUUAACAUCACCGAGAGUGCAAAAAGAUAUUGUAGGUGCUAUUACUUCUGAAUGUCUACAUGUGAUUAUCAAAGAUGUUUGUGACAGUUUCUUCUCAAUUUUAGUUGAUGAAUCUCGAGACAUUUCAGUGAAGGAGAAAAUGUUAGUUGUCAUUCAUUAUGUGAAUAAUGGGUGUGUAUUGGAACAUUUUAUUGGUGUCAUUCAUGUUUUGAGUACCACAGUUGCCUCAUUUAAAGUUGCAAUUGAUCAAUUAUUCUUAACACACAGUUUAAGCAUAUCUAAUUUGAGAGAUUAG